CGGGCAACCUCGAAAUGUACUGCAAGAGAUAUCGCUAUUGUUCGUCGAACUGUCAGUGAUGAGGUUUACUUCUGCAAGUGGUGGCUUUCCGACAUCCGUACAAGGUCGCCUUUCCUUGAGUUCACUCAGUCUCAAGUUACAGAUCUCUGCAAAUGCCUCGCAUUGUCCAGUACUGUUUCCAAGCCAAAGCGUGAAGAGGGCUCGAUUGAGCAUGUCCUUGAGAAGAGGCAAUCGCAAGCUUCAUGUCAGGCCGAGAUGAGCAAGCAGUUCACCCAACCCUACCACUUCUGCACCUUCUACAACGCAUACCCUAGGAGCACCUCUCCAUUCGCCGUGUACUCUGCUAAGCAAUUGCUCACGCUUUGCAAAUGCGUGGUCACAAAGCAGGCUACUUCAGUUCCCUUCUGCUCUUCUCAGUCUACGCUUCUUGCAAGCAAGCCUACGCUGCUGUCGCAGGCUUCGCAGUACUGUUCGUUGCUCUUGAGACCUACCGUCUCGGCUGUAAAGACGAUUACCAAGGCUACCACUGUCGCAAGAACUAAGACACAAGGAACCUCGAUUAUCAACAUUGUCUCAACGAUUCAACGCACCUCUACUGUCAGCAAGGUUACCACUGAGCAGGUCGUCCAGUCUGUCACAGCAAAAUCGACCGCUACUGAGACCAGCGUCGUGGUCGACUAUGUUGACACCACAAACAUUGGCACCGUUUCCCUGGCUGUUGAUACCGAGACGAGCUUGCAGACUGUGAAAGUAGCCCUCUCUACCGAAAGAUUCACUAUACCAUCAAUGCCAGAACCAAAUAUCGCUCGCAGAGAUGCA